CAGUGUAUAGUGUAAUCGUUAGCCAAAUGAUCAUCUUGUGCGUUUGUCGCCCGUUAAAUCUGUUAAAUUCAGACCAUUUAGCAAUCUGAUCUCCUUUGCUACCUACAAGCGUUUAUCUCGGGCUCGUUCCCUUAGCGAGCUGUGUGGAAGUGAGUGAGUGUUUUGGAAACAUCAGCGAGUCAGUGAGUGGGAGGAGGCAGGGCAGACCCGUUUUCCCAUGUUCAUUUUUAAACCUUCAUUGCCGGCGAAAAAUGCAGAUCCUGACAUGAAGCAACGUCAUGCUUAUUUAUGAAAAAACAAUAGUAAUAUUUUUCUCAUCAUACUGUCAGCGCUUGCAGCAUGGCUGGUCGACGAUGUGUUUGGAAGACUGACAGAGCUUGAUUUCAGGCCUGCUUUUCAAUCUGGAAAUUUCUUUACCAGGAUAGCAGGGGCUACGUUUUUUUCAUCUUAUUAAGAUAGCUAGCUAACAUCACUAACUAGCAAGGAAGCAUUUUCCACAGCAUCCCUUUAACAUAACGAUGCGGACUGUAUCAGCGAUUUUUGGAUGACUGAUUUAAUUCCAUCUUAUAGUAUUUCAGUAAAGAUUUUUCAAACAAAAUCUUGCAUGGGAUUGUUGGCUAGCAAGCUACCUAGCUAACCACCUCGGCUCAAACCGCGGAUCUACGCAAAAAUGUUGAAUUGGAGGCGGCUUCUGCGGAUAUCCAACCGCUCGUUCCUGGCCUUCAUUUUUUUCUUCUCCAUGUCUACAUCUUGUCUAUACUUCAUUUAUGUUGCACCAGGAAUAGCCAACACCUACUUCUUCAUGGUCCAGGCCCAAGGUAUAAUGUUGAGGGACAACGUAAGAACAAUUGGACACAUGAUCAGAUUGUACACCAAUAAGAACAGCACGCUGAACGGCACAGAUUACCCUGAUGGUAGUAAUUCCAGUGAGUACAUCGCGCACCCCACCACAUAUCUGCCAGAGAACUUCACCUUUUCUCAGAAUCUCCCGUGCCCUGAAAAAUUACCUUCUAUGAAGGGUCAUAUCGACGUUAAUAUGACUGAAAUCCCGAUGGAAGAGAUCGAGCUUCGAUUGUCCAAGUACCUGGAUAUUGAGUUUGGUGGGCACUGGAAACCGAAAGACUGCAAACCACGUUGGAAGGUGGCCAUUCUCAUUCCUUUUCGAAACCGCCAUGAACACCUGCCAAUACUGUUUCAGCACCUUACACCCAUGCUACAGAGACAACGCCUGCAGUUUGCUUUCUAUGUAAUCGAGCAGACAGGGGUACAGCCCUUCAAUCGUGCCAUGCUGUUCAAUGUCGGCUUCAAGGAGGCCAUGAAGGACCUGGACUGGGACUGCCUUAUCUUUCACGACGUGGAUCACAUCCCUGAGAACGACCGCAAUUACUACGGCUGCGGACAGAUGCCCCGCCACUUUGCUGCUAAACUCGACAAGUACAUGUACAUCCUUCCCUACAGUGAGUUCUUCGGAGGCGUGAGUGGGCUGACAGUGGAACAGUUCCGGAAGAUCAAUGGAUUUCCCAAUGCAUUCUGGGGCUGGGGUGGAGAGGACGAUGACCUUUGGAACAGAGUGCACUACUCCGGGCUCAACGUGACCAGGCCGGAAGGGGAACUAGGAAAAUAUAAAUCAAUUCCGCACCACCAUCGAGGAGAAGUACAGUUUUUGGGCAGGUACAAGCUGCUGAGGUACUCCAAAGAGAGGCAAUAUCUCGAUGGCUUGAACAACUUGAACUAUACCCCUGAAAUCACUUUGAGUAGCUUAUAUAAAAACAUAACAGUCAACCUAUCUCCAGAGCUGGCUCCUGUUGAAGACUAUUGAACUGUAAUCUGUUCUGGACUGGAAUGAAUUUGGUGUGGAGCUGAUGUGGACAACCUGGGAAAGACGCCUUGGUCAGCACUGUUACUGGGAGCGUAAGGUUACACUGCCAAGUUACCUUAUCUUCAGGAAAGGAUCUUAAGUGUGGAUAUAUAGGGCCUGUAUAAUCAAUUGAUAGUGUGUGUGCGUGUGUGUGUUGUUGCAUGUUGAGUGUCUGUGCUGGCUUUAGCUACUAAAUCCACAUCACAUUUCAGAGGAACGGAGUGCCAGCAUCAAGAAAUAGGAUGUUUAUGGCAAAGCCUUAACGAAUUCAUGUAGGCUCAGUUUCACCUUUAAGGUUCCCAUAAAUGUCUGUGUCGGUUAAUCCAUGGACAUUACUUUAGACCCCAAAAGAUGUCACUGUCUCACCAUAAUGUGGAUUCUACACAUAUCAUUUUUAGUGAGGGUUUUUUUUUUUGUUUCUCCAAGAAAAGUGAAGGUGAU